AUGAUAAAGCUGUUUGAUUUCGAUUCCUCUCCAGGCAGUGAUUGUUGGAGUCUGAAUUGUGCCAUAUUGCCGGUGGGAUAUGGGUUGCUGGUGGUUGAUUCCUACUUUGACUUGAAUUGGGUGUUGUCGCCGUCACCAGCCACCAAGCGCGCCCUGAUUCGGUAUUACACGACAAUAUUGACACCACAAUUGCGCUACGGAUUCCCUGGAUUUUGGUGGCCCGUCUUUGUGAUUUGCAGGCUCUGCAUCCAGUGUCCUACCAAGUACAAUUAUUGGCUUUUGGCAAUCUUUGUUGCCAUCUCGUACCGAUACAAACGAAUACUGAAUGGUACUGACACGCAGCUAAACCAUUGGUGGACGAUUGUCAUAUGCAGGAUCCUACUGGCAGUCAUCAACACUUGGAAUUUACAGACAUUGCAGUGCUACGAAGGAACACCCUCUUUGGGUGCUUACGCACAACACAUUCGCAAUGCUGUAGCAUGGUAG